CUCAUUCCGCGGAUUCCUCGCGCUGCAGUCCGCGCGCCCCGUGCGCCCCGCGGGGCCGGAGGUAGCCGAGAGUCAGCGGCUCAGUCAGGGAUGGAGACACCGUUGGAUGUCUUGUCCAGAGCCGCCUCUCUGGUGCAUGCUGAUGACGAAAAGCGUGAAGCUGCUCUCCGGGGAGAACCCAGGAUGCAGACCCUCCCGGUGGCCUCUGCCCUCAGCAGCCAUCGCACAGGACCGCCCCCUAUAAGCCCCAGCAAGAGAAAGUUCAGCCUGGAACCAGGGGACGAGGACCUUGACUGUGAAGCUGACCACGUUGCCAAGAUGGGCCGCAUCUUCAGCCCCCACCUGAACAAGACUACCAAUGGAGACUGCCGGAAGGACCCCCGGGAGCAUAGCCGCAGCCCCAUCGAGCGUGCCGUGGCACCCACCAUGGGCCUGCAUGGUGGCCACCUGUAUGCGUCCCUGCCCAGCCUUGGCGUGGAACAGCCCCUCGCCCUGACCAAGAGCAGUGGGGAUGCCAGCAGAGCGGCUGGCCUCUCGCCCACGCUCACACCUGUGGAGCGGCAACAGAACCGGCCCUCUGUGAUCACCUGCGCCUCAGCAGGCGCCCGCAACUGCAACCUUUCACAUUGUCCCAUCGCGCACAGUGGCUGCGGCACACCUGGGCCCGCCAGCUACCGGAGACCACCCAGUACUGCCCCUGCCUGUGACCCCGUGGUGGAGGAGCACUUCCGCAGGAGCCUGGGCAAGAACUACAAGGAGCCGGAGCCUGCACCCAAUUCUGUAUCCAUCACUGGCUCUGUGGAUGACCACUUUGCCAAAGCCCUGGGUGACACGUGGCUGCAGAUCAAGGCAGCCAAGGACGGCGCAUCCAGCAGCCCUGAGUCGGCCUCACGCCGGGGCCAGUCGGCUAGUCCCUCCGCCCACAUGGUUAGCCACGGCCACUCCCCGUCCGUGGUCUCCUGAGGGCACCCGGCACCACGCCCGUCUGCAUGGUUUGCCUCAGCUUUGAACAGUCCGUACUUUAAAAAAAAAAAAAAAA